AUGGGAAAUUGGAGCCCAGUGACCGAGUUCACCCUGACUGCCUUCCCAGUUCUCCUGCAGAUCCGGAUAUUUCUCUUUCUGGUUUUCUUGCUAACUUACACACUAACAGCAGCAGGAAACAUUACCAUCAUUACCCUAAUAUGCAUUGAUCCUCACCUGCAAACCCCAAUGUAUUUUUUCCUCAGUAACUUGUCUUUCCUGGAUAUUUUGUACACCACUUCUGUUACCCCAAAGUUACUGGCUUGCUUGGUAGCAGAGAAGAAGACAAUAUCAUUUGCUGGCUGCACGGCCCAAGCACAUUUCUUUUUCUUUCUGGGGACUGCGGAGUUUAUCCUCUUGGCCGUCAUGUCCUUCGACCGUUAUGUGGCCGUCUGCAGCCCACUAUGCUAUGCCACCAUCAUGGACUACAGGGUCUGCCUUAUGCUGGUUCUGGGCUGCUGGGUGGGAGCCUUCCUGUCUGUGUUGGUACCAAUCAUUAUAGUGGUACGAAUACCUUACUGUAAGAAAGAAAUUAAUCAUUUUUUCUGUGACAGUGGACCUCUUCUGUAUGCAGCCUGUGUAGUUACUUACAUUUUAGAGAAGUUAACCUUUAUUCUCGCUACCCUUGUCAUCCUGAGCUCCCUGGCAUUCACUUCUGGGUCCUAUACCUACAUCAUCUCUACCAUCCUGCGCAUCCCCUCAGGCCAGGGCCAUCAGAAAGCUUUCUCUACCUGUGCUUCUCAUAUGACUGUGGUCUCUAUUGUUCAUGGGAGCAACAUUUUUGUGUAUGUGAGACCCAAUCAGAAUAAGUCACUGGACUUUGACAAAGUAGCUACUGUCCUUAUGACGGUAGUGACCCCUCUUCUGAACCCUUUCAGCUAUAGCUUAAGGAAUGAAAGAGUCAAGGGAGUCUUAAGAGAUACAAUGAACAAAAUCACAUCACUGAUGCUAAGGAAAAUUUGA